GCACCAUAUCAACCACUGACUCAUCUUCUGACUAUAUGAAUGACCUCUGAGCCUUUGCAGCUUUGUGUUUCAUGAACAAAUUGUUGUCUGUGUUUAACUGCCGAGCAGAGAAUGUAAUAAGAAUCAUUUUGUGCAAUGAAAUAACAUAAUGUGCAUCCAUAACUGUUUGAAACAAGAUUACAUGUUGUCAUCACUGCUGACCGGCUUUUGUAACGUUUUCUACUGAAAACCCUCAAAGGUUUAGAUGCACUGAGGUUGAAAAAAGGGUGUGUGUGUGUGUGUGCGUGUGUGUGUGCAUUAUAAUGGGGACAUGCUCAGACCAUAUACUGUGGUAAUCAAAAAACAGGAAGUAAAAAUAACACAACCACACAACCUUCACUGUGAUACAUAGUGCAGAUCUGCAUCGACACUUGUUUCACUGAAGUGGAUGUCGAAGUGUUUCCACCAUGAGAUUUAAGGGCUGCCUGACUGCUCUUCAUGUGUCCGUCUUAGCGGCGCUCCUCCUCCUCCUCACUUUGGAAGCUGACGGUGAAGACUCAGGUUGUGAAAUGGAAAUUAGGGUGCGCCGCGGCACAGUUUAUAAGGCUUUUGCUGGGGAGCACUUUUCAAUUAACUGCAUGGUUGAUUUCUGCAACAACUCACCACCAACAGUCUCCUGGCAUAAACGUGAGGACUCUGAUCCCGUUGAUGUCAGCAGUGGUCACUUCAAAACAAAGUGGACAAAUUUAAGCGGUUCAGAAGGAAUAUUCUCUCUGUUCUUCCAAGGAGUUCUUGAAAGUGACUCAGGUGAAUAUUACUGUCGAGGUGGAGGCAGCGUCAGUCAUUACAUCAACGUCACUGUCUAUGUCAAGUGGGAGCACACCAGCAGUACACCAAGGACUGUCACAAGUGAUGACGUACUCCCCCAGACAAACAACAUUCAGGAGGUUUUCUGGUCAUAUGUGCACCGUCUUGUUGGAGUCAUCGCAUUUGCCAUCAUAGUCACAACUUUAUAUUUUGUACCAAAAUAUGUGCACGGAGGUAUCUGCCGCACACGAAGACGCCAGGACACAGCAAAUCUGAGCGGCCAAACCUCCCAUCAAGACUUCUCUGUCAUUCAUAUCUAUGAAAACGAUCAGUAGUCUCCACGUCUGUGCCCUGAAACCAAUCUAAGCUAAAUCUUAACAUUUCACUGUACACAUUUUAAGAUUGUGAUAUAACCCGUAAUUAUUUUGCCUUUGUUAUUUAUAUUUUUGUGUCAUUUGCUUUGGGAAUAAAUGAUUGGGGUUCUCCACAGCUUUGAAAUAAUCCUAUUUUUUUCCCUUCAAAGAAAAAAAUAUGUUCAUUUUCUUAAUUCAUUCAUUGUGUGUUCACUACCAUGGGGAACUGUGAAACAUGAAUUCCUGUAAACCAAACUGUCAUGAUGCAGAAUUGAAGAUUCUGACGUGGGAAACCGCGAUUGUUCUGGCCAAGGCUGUGUGUGUGUGUGUGUGUGCAGAAUGUGACACAUGUACAGGUAACAAUAUUUUUGCAGACUUCCGGUGCAGAAACCUCUGUUAAAUAUGUUUUGUUUUUGGUUUUUUUUUGUAGUUAAUCUAUAUUGAAGUGUGUGUGUGUUUGACUUUGCACCUCUUUUCUUGGUGCUCUCUUUUGAUGUUGAUUGAAGCAAUCUCUUCUCCUGGGUUCAGUAACUCUUGUGCAUUUAGAGGCAGACAGCCAACUGACGAACAGGAAGCAGAAUCAAAACCACAUGUUACUUUAACCCACGUAAAGAAAAAUGGCUGGAAGUUGAGAAACAGUAAAGAAUACAAAACAAUCAGCUGUUGAAUGAAGGAAGGUAGCCCACAUCAUCUUUAAAGUUCAGUAAAGAUUUUAAUGUGCAUGAAUAGAAAAUCACAACCAGGCAAAAAAUAAAUAAAUAAAAAUUUUGAAAAAAGUUCAGCAGUAGUUUAAUGGAAAGUUAGCUAACUUACAAGCUAAUUUAACAGAGCUAUUAGUACCACAUAGUUAGCAAACGAGGCUAUGAACCUGUGAUUUGAGCUAAAUGCUAACACGUGUCAGUUU